CAAAGCCUUCUCGCAUUCGGGUGUGGUCCAGUGUUUUUCCUGGUGGCUUAUAUUUCCCGACGAAAACAUUUAUAAAAGGAAUUUGCAAACAAAAUGAGUGUAAAAGAGGAUAUAUCUACCCAAACUGGAGCUUCUAAUGAUGAAGCUCCUGAUAAUGGAGCUGUCAAUGAUGAAGAUAAAAAUGAUAAGGAUAAUGAUGAUGAGAUGAAUAACUUGGAAUGUACCUGUAAUCAAAACAAGGAAAGCAAUGAUAACAAGGAUAAUAAUGACACGAAGGAUAAUGAUGAUAACAAGGAUAAUAAUGACAAUAAGGAUAAUAAUGAUAAAAAGGAUAAUGAAGAUAACAAGAAUAGACGUCUUAAGGUUCAACGUAUCCCCGUUAAUCCACUUCUAACUCCGGAUUAUAAACUGUGUGAUGAAUAUAUACCAGCAACAGCUGAAACCCCAGGUUUUUUAAGGUUCAAAGAUAUGUGGCUUGAAGAAGUCCCAACCAUAGUAAUAAAUAAAACUACCGGUGAAACAUACCGUACAUGUGAACCGUAUAAGAAUUGCAAAACAGGGAUAAUAACAAUACGUAACGAGUAUGAUAAUCCAACGGAUCGUCCACCGAGACGACCAACGAACUCGGCACCGCCCAAGAAGAAAGUUGUGAAGAAACAAACUCGCAACCCUUUCAAGAAAUUCAAAAAGAUGUAACUUUUAUUCAUCGUAAUCGGCUACAUAGUAGUGAUUUUCUCUUUUAUGCUUAUUAGUGUUAACGUGUAUUUUAAUAUACACUAUGUACUUUUCUAGAAAGCAACUACUUCGUUUCUCAGAAUCAUUUAAAUCAUCUGUUUUGUCUGUUUUAUCCAGUUAUAAGUAAAGAGGUGCCAAUUUCAUUUGUUCAUGAUUGGAUUCAUAGUAAUUCAGAAAUGUCACAGUAAUUAUUGAUAUUCAUUAUUCGGUGUUGUAUUCACAGUAACCUUUUCAGAUCAUCAAAAUUAUAGGAUAAAUUGAUAAUUACCUUUCAU